AAACAGACAUCUUUCGGAUAUAUAGUAUUACGUAUAAGUCCUAAUGUAGCCCAUCUAACCCUCGUCGUACACUCGAUUAUCAAAUCAUAUUGUAGGCUUACUUACCCCCCAAAUCGGUAGCGUUUAUAUAGUCAACGAGACGUGCUCUGUGUUGGAAUUCCGAAUACCACACAUACACCGCCUAAACUAUACCUUUUUCACAAGACCGAAGUCUCGGCGGCUAAGCACAUCUCGGAUACCAUCUGCUAGAACGGAACGGGUUCACCAAAAUGGCAUCAGGCUUGUUCUUCGAUCCGAUUGCGCUACUCCGCAUCACCCCCGCCAUUUCGUCUACCUGCUCGCUGUGGUUCGGCUGGGACCAGUACGAGUUUCUACAGCUAUUUCUCGACCCAAGCAAACGGGACUUGGUCAAUCAGCUUUUACCGUCUUACUUCAGCACCUUCUUCGACCGUGGCGCGCCUCGCGUAGUUGGCCUACUUCUCAUCACCAUCUUGUCAUCUGCGGCUAACCUACGGUACGCGCCGGGCAACCUCCUGCACGAACGCGGCUCGUUCAUUUGGUACUCCGGUGCUAUCGUGUUCGCGCUUGGCCACCAAGUGUACUUCCCUUUCGUUCUUCCUAAAAUCCGAGCCAUCUCCGGCGACGCCAAGGAGAAGAAUGUGAGUGAGCUAAAGGGCUGGCUCUAUGUUCAUAAUUGGAGGACAUUGACGGUGGAUUUGGCUGGUUGGGUCUGCUGCGUUGUUGCCGCCGUCAAGACUUUCUCCGCAUAAACACUAUCCUCUUAAGGUAGACGUGCCAAUGUAUUCAAUUAGUUACCAUCUCGGAGAAUAAAUAGAUCAUUCUCACA